GGGCCAUAGUGGAGAUGUGGAAAUGCCUUGCGUCAGACUCGGCUCGGGCCAUGAUCAACCGACUCGCCACGAAACUGAAGCCGAACUCGGCUCCAGCCUCCCGGGAAUAGCCCAAGUGAGGCCGGGCCGCGGCUGGGGCCGACCUGCCAGGAUAUUAGGACAGUUCAGUCGCUCAACGCGUCUUAGGUCUACUAAAACACCAUGGGCUCUAGGUAGGCAUUGCGGUUCUUCUUUAAUACAGACCGUAGGUAUUCCUUCAGUCAAGCUGAGCCCUGUUACUAAUAGUCCGGACACAUCUGAGGAAUCUCUCACUCGACUAGAAACGGUCCUUCUUUCUACAUGUAGCCCUCAGCAGGAAUACAUCUACCUGAACGAGAAGCUGUACAAGUACCAUCUCUUCCUCGACAUCCUCACUGGAAACAUUGCCGUGGUGGACAGGGUAUCAUCGUACUCAAGAACAGAGGAUGGUUAGGGAACGUUCCCGCUACUAAACGCAGGUACGACCAGCCGAGGGCGUCACUUUAAAGUCCAUCGUUGGCAGCUGGAAUGUCACCAAGUGUGGAGCAAUCUACAAGACUCGAGGCGUUGGGAAAGGUUUACUGUCUGAUAUAUCCAUGUCCCAGAAAACCAUCUCUAUAGCGAUACCUGGCAGCGAAAGCCUUGUUCAGGUUCUCAUGGGAGAAAGUAAGUAGUGACUAAGUACUCUGUACUCACAGGACUCUUCCCACCGGACAUUGUUCUUGGUCGUUGGGUUUUUGUCGGUUCUAUGGUGCCGCUAUAAGCGUGCAAAAAACCGCACUUAGUGCG